AUGCCGUUUCGACCCGAACACUCGUUAUUACGAGUCGAGGUGCCGGCGUUGCACACCAUCGACACACGCUCGGUCGAGAACCUCUUUGGCAUGUGGUCGCUCUUCUCCAAAACAUCACACGCCAUGGAAGACGGCAAGCGUCUCGAAAAUCUCAGCUGGCGACUCUGGAAUCGCGAAACGUUCUGCUGCGCGCCCGCAUCGACAUCCUCCGCCCCUCACGCCGCACCUUCCUCCUCCUCCUCGAUCCGCCGUUCUCUCCCAUCCCGAACACGACACUCCACACUAGUGGCAACGACGACACGCGGCGAGGAGAAUGUUCCCGCGCUAUCCUCGAGCCUGGAUUCCGCAUCGUCGGAAGAGGAAUUUGAAACGUCAUCACCCGUUGCCCCUCGCAUCAACCACUCCGCCGACGCCGAUAUCACCGCCGAAUGUGGUCGAAGUCGUGGCAAUGAGAAACACAUUACUCCGAUAGACCUCGAAAAGAUUGUCAUCUCAAUCAAGGAGACAAAACAACUGGAGCCGAUCGAGCUACCAAUGCCUCCGUCAAUGUCCGCGUCGGAACCAACCACAUUCACAUCACAACUUCACGAGCCCACGCCGUCACCAUCCACCGAAUCCACACAAGAUCUUACCCCGCAAAACCUGACCUCGUCGCAAGUGCUGGAAUCAUCUGCUUCGACCGUCGGUACGCACGGGUCACAGGACUCGGAAGCUUCUCAAUCAUCACAGGUGGUUGGCUCACAGGAGAGCUCCUCCACUGAGAUGAGUUCACAUAGCAUCGUUCGAGGAUUCACUCCAGGUGGCGCGCCUUCAUCAUAUCGCUCACAGACCACCCUUGCUACGCAACCGACUCCCAUCUUGAAGACUUCAUCACAAUAUCGGCAACAGCCACCUAAGAGGAAGGGCCCGAUGUUCACUAUUGGCACUUCUUCUGGUGAGGAUGAGAGCUCGUUGGAUAGUCACAUGCACCGCAGCAACCUGUCGGAGAGUCUACGACAAUCAGGCAGUCUAACCAGCACUGGGAGCAAGAAGAAGGCCUCGUUCAAGGAUGAGGUCGCCGUGGCCCGACCUGCACAGUACAGCUCGGUAUUUGGUUCUGACGAUGAGGAUGAAGAUGGUGUUUCUGAAAGUGCCAUUGACGACGACGACGACUCGUCUGACUGGGAGGACUCUGACGAUGCGCAAUCAGGACCGUCAUCAGUGAACGGAGAGGGACUCUUCCAACGUGUGGACUCUCGACCGAACCUCACCUCUCGAAGAUCACUUCUCACCACUCUCAUGCACGAACCCGACCGGGCAAGAGCACUCGCCAACGCCGCGUCUCGAUCGACCCCUGCUCUUCGACGAUCACGAACAUCCACUCCGAAUGGUCCCUCCGUCGCAACAUCACCCGAACCGAGCUCCCACCUGCAAAUCCCUGGCCACCAACAAACCCGUCCGCAACCCAUCAUCAUGACCACCUCCAAUACCCAUCAACAAAUGGCCCUCUCUCCGAAAACCACCCGCCGGAAUAUGCUCUCGACCGAAUUGACCGAGUCUCUCCGGAAGAAUCUCAUCUGGGAGCGCCAGCACCGUAGUACGGGCAACCUCGCCGCGAUGAAACGUCGCCAUACGUCGAAUGAUGUGAAGAACCUCAAGCAACAUCCCGAGCCUGGCCCCGUACUCAGCCACAAGGAAGGCGCAACGAAGAAGUUCACCAACGACUACUUCCACGCCGGCCUGGGCGAGUAUCACGCAAAGGGGUGGUGA